AUGUUUGUGGGUGUGGUCUGUGAUAUCUUUGGUAUCAUUAUGUACGGAUCCCCUCUGUCUAUCGUUAGAAAGGUAUUUAAAACAAAGAGUGUAGAAUUCUUGCCAUUUUGGCUGUGCUUCGCUGGUUUCAUGAAUGGACUCUUCUGGUUUACGUAUGCUUUCCUCAAGACUAUUGAUCCCUAUCUCGCUGUUGGAAACGGAAUUGGAGCACUUCUAGGGUUGAUCCAGCUCUGCGUAUAUGUUUAUUUUAGCUAUUUCGUGAAAGCACAACAAGGUGUUAUGCCAUCUGAAGUGCCACUCGAGUCCGCUAGAAUAGACUGGAAGCCAUCAGCACCACCCGCCUGA